AUGUUACCCCGCAGCUCAGGGGAUACACCAGCAACAAAUCAUGCCAGCAAAUCUGCGGAUGAAUGGGUGGGUUUAACGGCGAUUGUUGCUUAUUUGCAAUUGGGGCCCCUUUUCUUCUCCACUUGGACGGGGCCAGAAGGAGCUCACAUGUGGGUCAAUGUGUUGUAUGGAAUCAGAACACUCGCAACAGUUUCCUUUGCUACAGAUCAGCGAUGGGGUAAUUUCCAGAUAGUGGGGCUCAAGUUGAUGUUCGUCUCAGAUUCUAGCUUCAUUUAA